AUGGCAUCACAAUACCUCAGCAGCAUGUUCUCACUUGAGGGGAAGACCGCCAUCAUAACCGGUGCAACAGCAGGUGGGCUGGGCUCGGCCCUCGCUGUCGCGCUGGCGCAGGCGGGCGUGUCGGCCGUCAUCUCCAUCGAAGCCCCCAACGACCCUCUUUCGGCGGAUCUAAAGACCAAGAUCGAGAGCGUAGGGGGAAAAUUGACCACGUUCCACUGCGACCUGCGCAACCCCAAGAGUCUCCGAGAGUGCUACCAGUCGAUAUGGAAAGCCGGGAUUGUGCCCGACGUCUUGCUCAAUGUCGCUGGUGUCAUGCGCCGGAAUCUUUGCGAGAAUGCCACCGAUGACGAGAUUGAUCUGCUGGUGGAUGUAAACAUGAAAGCAGUCUACAUUUCCAUGCAGGAAUUUGGCCGCAAACUCUUAGCUCUGGGACGACCUGGGAAAAUCAUCAACAUUGCUUCCGUCACCUCUUAUCAAGCUGGCUUCAACACGAGCGUUUAUUCAAGCACCAAGGGCGCCGUGCUGCAGAUGACCAAGGCCUUCAGCAACGAGUGGGCGAGCAAAGGUAUCCAGGUGAAUUGCAUCGCGCCGGGAUUCAUGAGGACUUCCAUGACCGCCCAAUAUCAAGAUGACCAGAAGAUGAUUGACUAUCUCAUGACGCGAGUUCCGAUGCAGCGAUGGGGGGAACCUCAAGAUCUGGUGUCCGCGAUGCUCUUCCUGGCUGCGCCAGGAAAUACUUUCACAUCUGGAGCCUGUUUGAUUGUCGAUGGCGGAUAUUGCGGCAAAUAG